GCAGAGAGAGAGAGAGUGGAGAAAAAAGACAGAUUUCAAAGAUGGGAAAGCAUAUCAAAGCCCUUAAGUAAAGACCCCCCUUUUUUGCAGGCGGGUAAUUGAUGUCCACACCCUCAGCUUCCUCUUAUCUUCUUCAUCUUAGAACAAACCCAUCAAUUAUCGUGUGUUAUCUCUCUCUCUCUCUCUCCAUAUUACUUGUGUUUAUGAGCUGUUCAUAUAUAUAGCUAGGGACAGUUGUGGUGGAUCUGCUUUAGCUACACAGAUGUAGAUCUUUUUUUUUUUUGCGUUUAAUUUGUAAGGAAUUGAAGUUCUGGGUGUAGAGAAAGAAUGGAUUUUGAUGAGCAUGAAGACCAAGAAGAAGAAAUUGGAGCUCAGGUUCUCGGGAAUUACCAGACACCGGGGAACUCAGGGAGAGAGAAAAUGGGUGGAGGAGAGGGUGCAUCAUCAGCGGCAAGAAAAGCCGGUGGUGGUAUUGGUGGCUACACGUAUAGAGAGUGUCUGAAGAACCACGCGGUCGGUAUCGGCAGACACGCCGUAGACGGUUGCGGAGAGUUCAUGUCGGCCGGAGAAGAAGGAACACUAGACGCUUUGAAAUGCGCAGCCUGCAAUUGUCACCGUAACUUCCACCGCAAAGAGAUCGAAGGCGAGUGUUUUCACCAACCCCACUACCACCAACCACCGCACAACCACCAAUUUUCAACUUACUACCACCGCACUGGUCACCCUUCUGGUUACCUCCACAUGACGUCUCCGCCCGCCCACAGGCCUUUGGCUCUACCUUCGACUUCAAGAGAAGACGAAGAUAUGUCCAAUCCGAGUAGUAGCGGUGGCGGUGACGGUGGCGGAAGUGGUGGUGUUGGGGGCUCAAAGAAGAGGUUCAGGACCAAGUUUACGGCGGAGCAGAAGGAGAAAAUGCUGGGUUUUGCGGAUAGAUUAGGGUGGCGCAUCCAGAAACACGACGAGGCGGCGGUUCAGCAGUUUUGCUCAGAGACUAAUGUAAGGAGGCAAGUCCUCAAGGUUUGGAUGCACAACAACAAGCACACUCUUGGUAAAAAGCCCUAAUUUCCACUGCCCUUUUUUUUUUCUUUCUGUGGGACAACCAAAAAAUUGUAAUUUCUCUACCAUCAUCAUGAAUCACCACUUGAGAUUUAGAUUGAUUAGGGUCCUUAAUCUUUUCCUUAACCUCCCUGUAGUUUCUUUGUUAUUUUGAAUUGAUUUUAACUUGUUUUGUAUCUCUUUGUAUGCUGAGUUAUGAGGUUUAAGAUGGGCCAUUGCUCUAACUAAAGCAUUAUCUAACUGCAG